ACACACACACACACACACACACAGAUUUUCCGCUCAUUCAGUAGGCUUAAAACAAAGCUUUUGGUCAGGUUGUAAUCUUUCCUUUUCUUUGAAAUCCAAAGGGACUGAUGAUGUCAGUUGGCCAGCAGCAUUUUAUUUAGGGCUGCAGCUCCUCAGACGCUCACCAGCAGCUGUUGUGAAUGUGUGUGAGCGCAUGUGUGUGCGUGUCUAGGACCUUCCCAGUCUUCUGAUCGUACAACUUUGUCUGGAAAUCACAUACAAUGACUCUCCAGUGGACAGCUGUGGCUUUCUUCCUCUAUGCAGAGAUAGCAGUCAACAUCAUCUUGUGUACACCCUUCAUAUCACCACAGAGAUGGCGUUUGGUUUUCAGCUGGAGAAUAUGGAACUGGUUAUCUCCAUAUUGGAACAAAUGCUUCUUUACUAUGAUCAUGGUUCUUAUUGUGCUUUUCCUUGAUGCUGUCCGUGACGUGCAGAAAUAUUCUGGUCCUGAGCCCAUGCACGAUGCCAAGGUGAACCCAAAUGUGUAUGACCAUGUCCACAUGAAGCUGUUCAGAGCCCAGAGGAACCUCUACAUAUCAGGCUUUUCUCUCUUCCUCUGGCUUAUCAUGCGUCGGGUUGUCACCUUGCUAAAUCAGGUUGCUGUCACCUCUGAGAACAGUGCAGGUCUUCAGGUGGAGAUGGACAUUGCUAUCAAAGCAGCCAAGCAGCACCAAGACGACAACUUAAUGCUCAGACAUGCUCUUUUGGAUGAAGAAAGAUCUAAGUCAGCAAAAAACCAGCUAGUGAAGCUGGAGGUUGAGAAGCUGGUAGAGCAAGUGAAGGCCUCUGAGGAGGCUGUGCGAAAGUCUCAUGCUGAAGUAGAAGCAAUGAAGAGGCAGGCAAAAGGUCUGGCACAAGAAUAUGACAGACUAUUGAUGGAACACCAUCAACUCCAGAAUCUCCAGAGUGCUGCAGACAAAAAGGAUCAGUAACCACAGGAAUACAGUGACUUGUUUUCAGGUGUUGUCUCUCCUCUUUCCAUGGAAAGAUUUUCUUCUCAUUAUACUACAGCUGUGUGCUAUGUACAGUGCACCACCAGAGGCCAUGUUUGUUUUUACAACUUUCAACUGUCAUUUACAACUACUUUUCCUUUGAUGUUUCAACCGAGGCACAUUUAUUUAAUUGAUAGGAUUAAACAAACAAACCGCUACAGUAUAUCAGAUAAACAGUAGAAUAUCAAGUUUUCAAAUACAUCUUUUUGGAUGUAUCUUGUAAGUAUCAACAAUGUACAAAUUAAUUGACAUGUUGUCUCAGGGGCUCCUGCUUAUAGUUAAUGCUAACAUUUAAAAGCGAUUAAUACCUGACAACACUCCAGAAAAACGUUAUGCUAUUAUGCUAAACUUUAGGUCACUGUAGACAAAUAGUGCACUGGUUAGCUCAAAGAUUUGACAUCUGCCUUUUAGCUUUACUGAGAAUCCUGGAAUCUUUCUUUCUUUCUUUCUUUCUUUCUUUCUUUCUUUCUUUCUUUCUUAUUGUUGACAUUUUAUAAUUUGCUGACAGCUUGGUUGGUGUAUGACAAAGACAUGAACAUGAAAAAUAAACAAACAAAUCCCCAGA